AAGCAUGUAAUCGGACACGGCCACCCACAAACAACAAGGUGUCCACACAGGCACAGGCAGUCGGUCUCGGACACGGCCGUUGGCCCAACCAUCGCAAGUUGCAACCUUUGUUCUCCCGCCGCGCUUGGUUUGGACUUACGGUUUUUGGAAGCCAAUAUAGGCAAUUUCGUACCAGACACUCCAUUAACAUCAGCUCAGACUCAGAGAGCAGCAGCAGCGCAACUGUGCACUAGGAGCUUAAGCUGUCAACAUAACCUGAUACAAUGAAGAGCGGAGUGGUGUGGAGAUGUUUGAGGAGAAGAUCAAUGUCGACUUCGGUCAUUGAUUGGUGGGACAACGUGGGAAUCGCUCCCAAAGAUCCCAUCUUGAGUAUUACGGAGGCCUACUUUGCCGACUCUAGCCCUAGAAAGAUCAAUCUCGGAGUGGGAGCUUACCGUGACGAUGAAGGGAAGCCCGUUGUGCUUCAAUGCGUUCGAGAUGCACAGGCCAAGAUCGCUGGUUGCGAGUUCUUGGAAUCCCUUUCUAGACAAGGCAGUAUGAAACUAGUUGACGAGAGUGUAAAACUAGCAUAUGGAGAGAGUUCAGAUGUAGUAAAAGAAGGAAGGUUUGCUGGUGUUCAAGCUCUAUCUGGCACUGGUGCUUGCCGCCUGUUUGCUGAGUUCCAGAGGCGUUUUAGGCCUGAAGCGCAGAUUUAUCUACCUGCUCCAACUUGGUCCAACCACCGUAACAUUUGGAGAGAUGCCCAAGUUCCACAGAGAACCUUCCGCUAUUACAAUCUUGAAUCUAAGAUUUUGCACUUUGAAGCACUCAUGGAUGAUGUGAAGAAUGCCCCAAAUUAUUCGUUUUUUUUACUUCAUCCUUGUGCACAUAACCCAACUGGCGUUGACCCUACUGAGGAGCAAUGGAGAGAAAUCUCUUACCAGUUCAAGGUGAAGAAUCACUUCCCCUUCUUUGACAUGGCUUAUCAAGGUUUUGCCAGUGGAGAUCUUGAUAGAGAUGCUCAGGCAAUCAGGAUCUUUCUCAAUGAUGGACAUUUAAUUGGUUGUGCUCAGUCAUUUGCUAAGAACAUGGGUCUAUAUGGACAACGAGUGGGAUGUCUAAGCAUCCUCUGUAAGGAUGCAAAACAAGCCAUAUCAGUCAAAAGCCAGCUGCAACAGAUUGCCAGGGCCAUGUACAGCAACCCACCUGUUUAUGGUGCACUUCUGGUAUCCACCAUCUUGGAUGAUCCAGAUUUGAGGAAUCUUUGGGUGAAAGAGUUGAAGGUUAUGGCAGAUCGAAUCAUAAAAAUACGAGCUGUUUUACGUAAAAAUCUCCUAGAAUUGGGAUCACCUCUUAAUUGGGACCACAUAACUAACCAGGUUGGGAUGUUCUGCUAUAGUGGUCUAACCCCCGAACAGGUCGAUCAGCUUACAAACAAGUUCCAUAUUUACAUGACACGUGAUGGCCGUAUCAGCAUGGCAGGUGUUACUACAGAAAAUGUUGCUUACUUGGCAAAUGCAAUCCACAAAGUCACCAAAUCUGGUAAAGAAUCCUGAAGUACCCAAUCAUGUUGGCUUGAUUUGGUUACAUGUAAAAUGAAGAAAAACAAAUGAAUACCACAGAAAAUGCUAUUUUCCAAAAGGUAAUAGUAGUUGUUGGAAAAUAGCAUUCCUACCAAUUUUUUCACUAAUCAUUUUCUCAAACAGUGUUGGUUCUCUUGUUUCUGAUCUCAUGACACACGUAUUAUUCAAUCAAUCAGGUUUGUUUUCCAAGGUAAACUGAAAAUCAGGAAAAUUAAGCAAAUGACUUGUUUUCAAUAUUAUUCUUCAUUUUACAUGCAAGAAAACACAGACACUCUUCCCAAACUACUGAGCCUUAAUACAUUAUUUCAAUUAACAUUGAUCUAUGAUAGUUACUGUAAGGAGUUGAAGUACAAGUUACUAAAGAUAAAUGGAAAGCUGCUUGUGUUUAUUUUUUCCUUUUUUUUUUCCUGCUAUCAGCCAGAAUUGUUCCAGUUGGAAUUCUUUUUUUUUGUGCUAGAAGACAGUUCUAAUAUUUGUAAUUUCACAUACCUAAAGACUAGAAAUUUGUCUGAUGCCAAGGAACUA